GUCACGUGGCUUAGACGCCGCUGGACGGUCUCUGAGGCGGCCGGAACCCGGUAGGGUGCGGUUUCCGUCUUUGGGCAUCUGUAGCCAGCGCCGGUCCUGUUCUGCGUGCUUUCCGUCCCAAGCCGUUCUUAGCUUCCCUCAGUAGCCGCGGCUCCACACACUCUCUGUGAUUCGCGCCCUUGGUUGGGGACCCUGUCCCCUCAGUCCUCACUGCCCUGCCCCCUCCCACUCUCUAAAAUGUCUCAUAGUCUCCAGAGCGCCUUUCUGAGAACCGCAGGGGAAAAUUCAGACUCAGGCUCGCACUGUGUUUCAGGCUGCAUGUACCAAGUAGUUCCUACAAUUGGCACGGAUGGAAAAAAUCUUCUGCAAUUGCUUCCAGUUCCUAAAUCUUCUGGAAAUCUUAUCCCGGUAGUUCAACCUCCAGUCAUAGCUCAUGCUUUGAAAGGGAAUACAGGAAAACCAGUUCAAGUUACUUUUCAAACUCAGAUUUCCAGCUCUUCCACAAGUACAUCAGCUCAGUUGCCUGUUUUUCAGCCAACCAAUACUACAAACUGUUUUCUUACAGGAACAGUAGAGACAUCAGGAAAAGGUAGAGUUAAUUCUAUGGAGACUGGAAGUUUUAUGCCACCAGUUUCUAAAGUUGAGAGUCAUGGUAUGAAAAUUGAUGGACUCACCAUGCAAACAUUUGAUAUUCCUCUCUCAACACAAAAUGAUUCAUCUUAUUUUAUAGUCAAUACCCCAAGUCUCCCGGUGAAGGUGAAUUCUUCAAUUUUGCCUUCUGGGCAUCAUUUACAGAUUCCAGCCGAUGCUCAAGUGAAAUUCUUACCUGCAUCAUCUUUGCAUCCUUCAGUUCAACAAAACAUGCUUGGAAUUGCAACCACAAGUACCUCAGGAACAGUUGGGGCCUCCCAAAUACCAACAGUUAAUUAUAUAUCUCCUGUACAUUCAGUGAAAAACAAAGUUACCAGAAACUAUCAAAAUAUUUACCCCAAACCAGUGAUAUUAAAUACCUCACAAAUUCUACCAAAUGUUCCUACAGAGACACAGUUAAAAGGUGGUCAGCAGUCUCAAGGUGCUCCAGUGAAAUGGAAUUUUCAAAAGAAUCUACAGCCUCAUAUUCCUUCUCUUGUUCCUGUUAAGUCUUCAAAUAAUGUGGUGUCAAAGAUUUUUAAAACUUUGGUGGGUAGAAACAACUCGGGAUGUAAUACUAUAGAUACACCCCUGUUAAGUACCAGCAGUUCUAGUGGGACACAAUCUGUAAGUGUGCCUAUUAGAGAUAAUACUUUGAUAAUGUUUAAAGGGAAAGUCUAUCUGUUGGCUAAAAAGGGAACACAUGGUCUGCCAUCACCAAAUGACCAAGAGAAUUCUGUUUCUUCUGAUACUGCACUAAGAAAAGAUUCAUCACAAAUAGUAAGUUCAAGCCUAACCAAGGAACUAUCCAGGGAGGUUAUAAAUAGUGUUUUGGUUAAAAGUAAAUCUUUCCAGUUGAAAACAAAAUCACUUUCAAAUUCCCAGCUUGCUUCCAUGGCCAAUCUAAGAGCAGAGAAGAAUGAAAAAGUGGAGAGACCAUCUUUUACUAUCACAAAGCCACAUACUAUGAACCAAUCCACUAACUGCCUUAAACAGCCUAAGACUGCAUUUACAAACCCAGUUUUUCCACAUGGAUUUAGGACAGGACACAGUGCCCCCAGAAAAGGAACUCUCAUCCAGAGCAUAGAGAAAAUGUCUUCCUCUGUUGAUGCAGCAACUGUUACUUCUCAACAGUGUGUUUUCAGAGACCAAGACUCACAGACCCAGUAUGAGAUGGCAUCAAUAUUUAAAAAGGAAGAGAGAAGUAACAAGACAUACUCUGAAGAAAGCAACGCUAAAACAUCAUAUCUGAAGAAUGAUGCUGAACUUAAAAAAAUGUUUGGUCUCACUAAAGAUUUAAGAGUGUGUCUUACUCGAAUUCCUGACCAUCUGGGUUCUGGAAAAGGUUUUGAUUCCUUUAGCAGUUUGGUGAUGAGUAGUUCUUACAAAGAUGCAGAGUCUAUGGUAAAGGAAGAAGAAAGAAAACAGAAUUUUUCUAAGAAAAGGAAAGCAAAAGCCAUUAAGAAGAUGGAUUACACAAAAAGGAGAAAAAUCGAGUGUGUUAGUGGCACGGUCAUGAAUGGAACUGAUGUUGCUAGUUCCCAGCUCCUUGGUAGUGUUUUACCAGCAUCAGAUGUAUCACAACAGAACGUUAUCACAAGCCAUAACACAGCUGGAGAAGACAGGAGAACUGAGGCGGAAAGCUGCUGCCCUGAGAAGCAGGAAAAGGGGACAUUCAGUUCAAGCACAUCUUUUGAACAAAGUAGUUAUUUUAGUAAAAACUAUACUGAAAGUAUUUUUCCAAUGACACCACCAGAAUUAGAAGAAACCAUCAGAGAUGAAAAAAUAAGAAGACUUAAACAGAUUCUAAAAGAAAAAGAAGCAGCUCUUGAAGAAAUGCGUAAGAAGAUGCACCCAAAAAAUUAAAAUGUCUAGGAUUUAAAGACAUAUUACUACAGUCGUUCUCUCUUUCCUGCCAUGAAUAUAGUCAAGAUCCCCAGUGGAUGCCUGAAGCUGGAGUUGAUACCAAAUUCUUUAUAGAUCCACUGUAAAGUCAUGACUUUUUUGACAACUAAACAUCUACGUAGAUGAAUUCAGUAGGCAAGUACAGUGCGGAUACAAAGAGUGAAGAGAGUAACCGAUAGCCUCAAUAUAACACUAGGGAGUUUUUGUCAUGCUACUCAGAAUGCCAUAUAAUUUAAAAGUUAUGAAUAUAUUCUUUCUGGAGUUUCUCAUUGAUAUUUAGACAACAGUUUAUCAUGGGUAACUGAAAACAGAAAGGCAACUGAAGGUUAUAAGACUGCCAUGUUACUUGUAAAGGCAUUCUGUAAGUGUCUUUGUAUAUAAAACUUAAGAGUACCGAAAAGGUUGAGUCGUAAAACUUCUUAAUAAUUUACAGGAAAUAUUUUGACUGACUUGUUUUGGAAGGAAAGUUUUGGUUU